AUGAAUAACAAACGAGACAGUGUCAUUCCAAGUAUUCACAAAGCUCUGGAGGAUGCCAGAAAAGGCCAGGUGGUCAUAGAUGUGCCAAACGCUAGCGAUGCUGAACUCGAGAAUCAAACUAAACGUAAACGCCAUCGGAUGAGAAAAAAUAGCGAUCUACCACCAAUGAUGACUGCUCCAAGACAUGUGCACGGUGGAGACUGGAAGGAUAUGCUUUACAUGACGAAUUUACGGAGGAAAAAACGCGGAAAUUCGGAAGCGAGCCAGUCUUCGACCUUCAAUACUAUACGCUCAAGAGCUUCUACAUCUUCAGUGAAAAGUGGAAAUGCAUGGAUUGAGCGCAAGAUCAAGAAACGGGAAUGCUGCAAAUUUGUUCCAUCUCAGAAGUAUAGCACUAGAUGUGGUUGCGGAAUGGCAGAAGCUCAACAUCCACAGGAAACUCGAAAACCUCUGCAACCACACAAAUUUCUGACACUCCCAGGAGCAGAUGAUGAGACUACGAACGAAUCCGACAGUCAUGAGCUGACAAAGAGUGGACGAAAAGCACAUGGGCUAAGAUGGACAAUAGCAAAGAAUACACAGCUGACACCAACAAACUCAUAUGGAACGAUUGUGUUUGAAGGAUGUGCUCAUCAAGCACGAGCGCAAUUCGUUCGUGCCAGUUUUGACACAGACCCAGCUAUUCUCACUGACCUUCUGGAAAAAGUUUGGAAAUUACCUCCGCCGAAACUCAUUGUGACCAUACAUGGCGGACUGACUGAGUUCGAUUUGCAACCAAAGCUAGCACGCAUUUUCCGAAAAGGAAUAUUGAAAGUUGCUCGAUCCACUGAUGCUUGGAUCAUAACAUCUGGGUUGAAUACUGGUGUGGUACGCCAUGUCGCUUCAGCUUUGGAAGAUCUCGGCUCAUCUUCACGCCUCCGCACCCGAGUGACAGCCAUUGGUGUAGCGCCAUGGGGCAUGCUAAAAAGAAGAAAUCGCUUCGUUGGAGCGGAUCUCACUGUUCAUUACGCUCCAAAUCAGUUCAACAAAUCACGACUCGCAGAGCUGAACGAUCGCCAUUCGUACUUCAUAUUCGCUGAUAAUGGAACUGUUGGCCGAUACGGCUCUGAAAUCAUACUGAGGAAGCGACUUGAAACAUAUCUUGCGCAAAAUAUUGUCGUUUGUGAUGGAAGUGGACGUGCUGCUGAUCUUCUGGCGUUCACUCAUCACGCUAUCGGUGACGAUGGAAAGCUAUCAGAUUCUGUGCACUCCCAGCUUAUGUCUUUGGUGGAAAUGGUGUUCAACUAUGAUGAGAAAAACUCUGAGCGUACAGUACGCCAUCUAGUGGAGUGCGCACGCGAACGAAACCUGAUGACCGUGUUUCGCCUCGGAGAACAACGACAAGAUGUCGAUCAUGCGAUUUUGACUGCAUUGCUUAAAGGACAAAACCUCAGCAGUCCUGAACAGCUACAAUUGGCUUUGGCAUGGAAUCGAGCUGAUAUUGCGCGAUCCGAGAUCUUCACUUUGGGAACGGAGUGGGGUACACAAGACCUGCACAACGCAAUGAUGGAAGCUUUAUGUCAUGAUCGAACCGAUUUCGUCCAACUUUUGCUCGAAAACGGAGUGUCGAUGCAUCGAUUUUUAACUUAUGGUCGGCUGGAACAUCUGUACAAUACGGACAAAGGCCCUCCACAUACGUUGCUUUCAAAAAUGGGAGUGUCAUCGAAGAAACACAGGGUUAAACUAACAGAUGUCGGACAUACCAUGGAAGAUCUUAUGGGCCACGCUUACAAAUCCAACUACACUAAGGACGAUUUCAAAGCCAAAUACUUCGUAUUCUCAAAUAGACGACAUUUGGGAUACGAAAAACAAACAGAUCAAGAGAGGAUGCGCUCGGAGAAUCUGAAAGACGACAAAGAGGUGGAACACUCGGCCAGGAUGGAUCUUUUGCACACCGCACGAGCUUCGAUUAUAUCAAUUUUCGCGGGGAGAAGCCAGAGCAAUGCUGAUGAUGAUGAUUUUUCCAACUUCGAAGACGAUUCGCUUGAUUUCACAUUCAAAUACCCAUACUCUGAACUUCUCAUUUGGGCUGUGCUUACGAAACGACAGAAGAUGGCGAUGUUGAUGUGGAAACAUGGAGAAGAGGCGAUGGCGAAGGCAUUGGUUGCAUGUCGACUUUUUGACUCUCUUGCCAACGACGCUUCACAAAACUAUCUGGAAUUAGAAAUAUGCGAAGAACUGCGGAAAAAUAGCGAGGAGUUCCGAGUAUUGUCGAUCGAGGCGCUGCAGUACUGCACUGAGCAGGACAAAGAUAUAACUUUGCAGUUGCUGACGUACGAGUUAACAAAUUGGGGAAAUGAGACCUGCUUGUCGUUAGCGGCACUGAACAACAAUCGACAGUUCCUCGCACAUCCGUGUUGUCAACUACUGCUGUCCGAUCUUUGGCAAGGUGGUCUCCACAUAAGAAACAAUGCUAAUCUGAAGGUGCUAUGCUCAGUGAUAAUACCAGCAGGAAUCUUCAUGAUGGAGUACAAGACCAAGGAAGAACUAAUGCUCCAGCCACACACUUUCGCGGAGCACAUCGAGGACCAGUCCAGCGACAGCGACUCUUCGCUUAGUGACGAUACGAGCUUCAGCGAUAGCAGUUCAAGUUCCAGCGAUGAGGAUGUUCAUCAUGAAAAAGGCCCAAAACAACGUGCUGGAAGCGAAAAGGAUUCUUUGCCAUUGAAUAUACAACAGCUUGUGGGCGAUAAAUUUCCUUUCUCGCUUGGAAAAGAUCGGAUAGCUAACGGCAAUGGAACAAUCAUCACUUCACAGGAAAGAGCCCGAGCAAGGACCAUGUCAUUGUCGAACAAAAGAAGAAAGUCGAAAAAGGAUUUAGACAGCGACUCCAGCGUUGGGAGACCAAGAGCACGAACUCGUCGUCGAUCGACGAAGAGACACUCGACAUUUUACGUACAUCACUCCGGCGAUGAAAAGGGCGAGCAGAAGCAAAAGGAAUACACGGACACCACUGCUCGCGAUCGCGAUCCAGCCAGGAGCACGCAACGUUCAAUCUCAUGGCGUCGGAAGAUUCGCGAAUUUUACUCAGCUCCGAUCACAACUUUUUGGCUGUGGUCCCUUAGCUUUUACGUAUUCCUAGUCGCCCUCUGCUACACACUACUGCUGAAAACACCAAUAUAUCCUUCAUGGGUGGAAUGGUAUCUGAUCUCGUAUGUUAUCGUUUGGCUGCUGGAAAUUUUACGGAAGCUCGUCAUGUUGAUAAUGAUCGAUCGAAAGCGAAAAAUGUGGAGAAAGGUGACCAUGUAUUUUGGAAACUACCGCAAUGGUGUGCUCCUAGUAGCUACAGUCACUUAUAUCGUGGCCUUUUGCGUUCGUUGUGAUCCAUCGUCCAGGCAGUUGGGGCCUUACAUCACAAUGGCUGCAGAAAUGAUCCCUCGCAUGCUUCCGAUUCUGGCGAUGCUCUUUGUGUCACUCCUAUCUUUCGGCCUAAUUAGGGAGUCCAUAACCUAUCCAUACGAAAACUGGCAUUGGUUGCUCAUAAGAAACAUAUUCUAUAAGCCGUACUUUAUGCUUUACGGGGAGGUCUAUGCCCCGGAAAUUGAUACUUGCGGGGAUGAAUUAUGGGACGCCCACAUCGAUGAAGGUGUACCUAUCCACUCCGGCCUGUUAAACGUCACGCGUGAUGGCUGUGUCCCCGGAUACUUCGUGGCGCCUAUCUUCAUGACGAUUUUCAUGCUCAUAGCCAAUGUUCUUCUCAUGAACACAAUGGUUGCGUGUUGCACCUAUGUGUUUGAGCAUAAUGUGGAAAAUACACAGGAGAUUUGGCUCUUCGAACGCUAUGCCCAGGUGAUGGAAUUCGACAGCACACCUUUUCUCCCACCUCCGCUUACUAUUCUCUACCAUUUAUACUGGCUAUUUCGAUGGCUGCGAGUUCGGAACUUCUCGAGGAAGAAUCUUCUCGACGCGUCCCUAAAGCUUUUCCUCUCUGACGAAGAAGUUGAAAGGAUCCACUCGUUUGAAGAGGAAUGCAUAGAAGAUAUGGAGAAAGAGAAAGACAUUCGAAAGCAGAGUUCAAAUGAUGAGCGAAUUCACAGAACCGCUGAACGUUCGGAUCAAAUCUUAAACAGGAUGAACAUCAUAGAAAACGUCGUGAAAAAUGACGUGCGAAAUUUGGAUCUGAUACUGAAAACCAUGGAAACUCGUCAUAAAGAAGAAAUGGACUCGAUGAAGCUAGUGAUUUCUGCGUUAGAACAACUACUGCGAACUCAAAUUCAAAACUUCCCGCCUAACAGUGGACCGUCGGAUAAUCCUCCACCAGCUGCUAACGAAAUAUUGAGAAAUAUUGAGAAGAAAAAGCGACGUGAUGCAGUAGAUAUAGCGUUCAACAACGCAGCUCAGCCUCGACGACGAUCCCUGCCUAAAGUUACGAUAAGGGAGCCCUCAGCGAUACCAUCCAUCGUUGUGGAUUUGGUUGAUAAGAACAAUGUUGAAGAAGAAAGAUUUCAAGAUUCAGCAGCCCAUCCACAGCCGCCGUUUCAAAGCAUCAUCAAAUCCAACAGUGAAAACAAAAGCAUAGUAGAAGUGCGGCCACCGCCGACGUUUCAAGAUAGAUCGUUCCAAAGACAACAUCAUGAAGAGUACACUUCUAUAGCCGAUAACAUCCGACUGGACCGUGAUCUGUACAAUGAAAGCUCAUACAUCACCUAUGUGGCUGAGCCUGUUUGUUGUGAAGAAGACAGUGAAGUCGCAAAUUCCGAUGAUGCAAAGAAUAGCUAGAGAAAUGAGCGUGUCUCAACUCACGUGGCUGUAUGUACCUGUUUGAUAGAUUUGAUAG